AGCAACAAGAAGAAAUAAAAAUGGAAGCAACACUACUGAUCUCGUCGUCGCCACUCAGAUCCCACCCAUUGUUGAGCUCACAAAGGAUCGCCACCGGAACAAAGAGAAGAAAGCAAACCACCGUGUGUGGCUACGGCAACUACUACUACAGAGGAGGAAGAGUGGUGGACGAGAACAUGGUGGUCCUUAGGAAACGGAUCCAUGAGAUGAAGAUGGUUGAGAGGAACUAUGAACCUCCUUCUCAUUGGAUGCACUGGGAGAAGCGUUUCUAUUGCAACUACGACGCUACUAUCUGUGACGCGCUCUCUCUUCUCCAAACUUUCCUCAUGAACUCUCGUCCCAGCGUUGCGUUUGGAACGCUGCUUCUUCUUCUCGUUAGCGUUCCUGUCUCCACCGCCGUCUUUGCGUCUCGCAUCCUUGACAUCGUUAUUUGGCUCCUGGAUGCCACUCACGUAGGAUGAUCGUGUACAUGUUGUAUUAUGUUUUCUCGUAAUCAACUGUUUCCUUUCCUAAGAUAACAACCAACUAACAAGGAUUGUUGUUCAAAAAUAAUUAGUAGUUUGGUUUGGUUUGGGAAAACAGAGUAGUAGAUAUAAAAAAGCGGGAAUGACAAAGUAUAAUAUGCACUUAAGACAGCUUAGUAGAUAUAAAAAAUAAUCUUCAGAGAA